UCGCGGAGAGCACUCGUACGUACGCUGGAGAUGCACAAAUAUAUCGCGAGAAUUUACUAUCGUCGUCCGUGAUUUUGAGUUUGAUUCGCGAAUUCGUGUCUAAAAAAUACAUUACGGUAAAAUAACGCUUUUGAUUAUGGUUCAAGAGUCAAUAUGAUGUUACGGAAAAUCGUAAUAAGUGUUAAUCAUAGUGCCGAGAAUGACAAAUGAAAUCGGACAGUGUUUAAAUGUGGUUAAUUAAAACAAAUAAAAUUUUAAUUAAAAUUAAUAAUAUUAACAAAUAAUUUGGUAUUGCUUGAAUGAAAUACAUAGUUUCAAAGAAAACCUUUAAAAUGUGCUAAGUUUUGACGAAGCGAACUUUACUUAAAAUGUUCCUCAAAGUGUAACAAAGUUAGCCUUAAAUAUAUAAUAACGCAUAUUGUGAGCAGUGCAACAGUGCAGUGUCAAAAAAAUGUUCCAAGUGAACGUUAAUAGAAACAUGUGAAAAUGAACGAAAUCAAUUUGAAAUUCGUCUUUAUGCCUAUCAAGAUAAGAAUUAAGAUGUAAUACAAUGUUGGAAUGUAUACGGCCCGUGAACAUUGUAGUACACGCGGCAGCCAAAUUUGGGAAGCAUCGUGUGAGGAGCACCGGCCAGUUUUUGCUGAUAUUUCUCGUCUUACAUUUUAUAAGAACCAGUUCAUCAGGCGGUAUAUCUCUUGGAGCGCAUCUCGUCUGCGCGAAGGCCCCUGGUCUGACCGACAAACAACGCGCCAUGUGUCGGUCCUCUCCUUCGGCUAUAGCCGCAAUCGGUGAUGGACUUAAGAUGGCAUAUGAAGAAUGCCGGGCUCAAUUGAGCGGCCACAGGUGGAACUGCUCAGGAGUGGGAGACGGAAAUCACUUCGGGCACGUUAUGCCGUUAGCAACGCGAGAGGCGGCGUUUACGUACGCCAUCACAUCGGCAGGGGUCACCCAUGCUUUGAGCAUGGCCUGCGCUCGUGGGGAGCUGCCUGGUUGUGGAUGUACAGGAAAUAAAAGGCGUACGAUAAACACAAUCGAGCAGUUCCAAUGGGGCGGAUGCGGUUCAAGUGCGUACGGCGCUAGGUUAGCCCGGCGGUUCUUGGACGCGAGAGAAUUAGAACGAGACGGUAGAACCCUCAUGAACCUCCACAACAACCGGGUCGGAAGGAAGGUGAGCGAGGUGGUAAAGGACCUAGUUCAUCGCGAGUGCAAAUGCCACGGCGUCUCGGGCUCCUGCGCUAUGAGGACUUGCUGGAGAGCGCUACCGCAGUUCCGGACAGCGGCUGCCACCCUGCGGGACAAGUAUAAGCGAGCGAAGCUAGUUAUGCCGCACCCGCCAACGAAUCCACAAGACAUUAACGUUCGAACACACCUUGUAAUAAAACGACAAAAGCACCCAGGUCUCGGGCGACAGCCCAGGAAAUCGGAGCUGGUGUUUCUCGAACAGUCACCUUCGUACUGCGAGCCUGAUACUGCAGCAGGAUCGUUUGGGACUCACGGAAGGAUAUGCAAUAGGACGUCAAGAGGUGAGGACGGCUGCGAGACCCUAUGCUGCGGACGCGGGUACAGCACGACCCGCAGCGUCGAGGAGACAAAGUGCCGCUGCCAGUUCCACUGGUGCUGCAACGUCACGUGCAGCAAAUGCGUGACGACAGUGGAAACGCACCUUUGUAAUUAGCUCUCGAUUAACAUAAAUAAGAACACACAAUAACGCUACAUCAUGAGACUUCCGCGCUGCCUACUCGGUGGUAGAUUCUGCGAAGCACUGCUCUUGCCAGUGUCACUGUUAGCGACACUCCGGUUUGAGCCCCGUGAGCUCACCUACACACGUUAGGGUGAAGCUGAAAUAGCCUCUCAAGGCUAUCAGCAUAGCUAGAGAGAAAGCUACAUUAUACUUGCCAAUUUACUACGCAAAAUCGAGUUACAGGUCAUGUUCAACAUAUGGAGGGUAGAAGAAAAGAGUGGCACCAUCUUGUAUAGGGGACAAAUUGAAAAAGUGUCCACUUCUAAACGUCAAGUCAUUGUUGGAAGACUCAACGAAAUAGGGCUAGUGUAGGAGAGAUAUAGCCGAUUUAAACCGAGUGAAGUGUUUUUAAGUUUGAAAAACUUUUAUUUUUCUUGAAUUUUGUUGUAAAAAAUAUGCAGUAUUUAAAAUAUCAACUAUUUAUUUUUAUUACUAUUUACUGUACAGGAAGAGAUUAUUUCCUUCUGAAUUUAAUAUCCUACUUUAAUAAUGUUGCUUAGUGACAAAGUGUUACUCUGGAUUUCAUAUUUCCUGAAAGUAGGUACUCAUUGUAUUUUUACUUUUCUAAUAUAAAGAUGUUGUCAACUAUUGCACUGUCGAUUGCACCUUUAUUUAAGGUGACGUCUGUCAUGAUACUUACCGUCAAUUUGUCAAUGUCUUGUAUUGAUGGUCACUGUUGGUGCAACUAAAUAAAUAAAUAAAUAGUUUAUGAGGCUCUUUUUAAAAUCUUUCCACUUGCUACUAUGGCGCCACUUAAUUAGCCCUCUUACAACGGAAUCUUUUUAAUAUAUUGAGACGGAGAUCCUUACUUCUACCCUCCAUAUUUUAACGACUAUGACCCAAAAGUAUUGUGUUAAUGGCGUACGAAUUGACAUUUACGUACCUAUAAAAUUUUAAGACUUAGCAUUUAAAAAAAACGCCAUAUUGUAAAAAAAACUUGCCAACAAGUGUAUAGCUUAUAAGUAAAUUGUAAUGUUGUAACGAACCGCUAUUUCCAAUUCUGAUAAUAAACGUCGAAAUCUAUAAUAUUGAUUUAAAAAAAAACUUCAUUUCCCAGAUUAACUCAAUAUUCGAAGUAAGCAGCGUAUUUGCAAAUACUAUGUCAGUAACAUAAACUAUCCUGUACUCUGAUAUUUAUACAGAGUAACCAAGUAUCUGACGUAGACUAUCCGUCCCAGUAUGUUUUUAUUAUGGCAAGGGUAUCUAGUGAGCCAGCACUGCCGCAAAGGGCAUGGCGGCAUGUGAUAUGGGCUACGAUGUCAACUUUGCACCAUAAAUACACAAAUCGAUGGAGCAGUACAUUUACCUGUAGUUACAAUUACAAACAAUAUCGAUUCACAUCGGUGAAUCCAAGCUCUAUGAAAAUUACAGCAAUUAUAUUGCUAUUCGUAAGCCAUCGUCGAUAGCAUUGUAAUGAAACUCACACAUUCCUAUAGCGUAUUUAUUAAAUUAAUAAUUUUACGUGUAUUUAAUUAAUGUAUUUAUUGUGUAUUAAAAUGUACUUAACGUGUUUACGAGACUAAACUUAAAUAGUUACUGUUAUAUUAUAAAAAUAAUUAUUGUUAUUAUUCAGAACUUAUUUAAAACCCCCACGCUUCGUUGUGCUUAUCGCUAAGCUUCAAUAAAUUCAUCCUUGUUGAAAUUUCGCAAGCACCACGUAUUAUUAAAUAACACAAGUACAAAAAAGUUCACUGAAAAGCUUACGAUGACGUCCAAAGCUAAUACUCAAUUAAAAUAAAGUAAAAAAAACAUACAAAAUACUAACAAAGAACGUUAUUUUAAAUCAGGGUUUUCAUAUCCUAUAUUAAGUCUUCAGAUUACACAAGAAAUUAAGAUUAAAAUUUAGAAAGAUCAAUCAUAUAACAAUCUUAACUUUUAGUUUGGAAGUUUUAAAAGUACAAAAAUAAUGUACGCUAAAUGCUACCAGCAAUCUGUCUGCUAGUUUCUAGUUCAGACAGAAGACAGUAAAAUACUGAUUUUACAAUACCAUACAAUAGGUACAUACUUCAACCGUAUUUAAUUAUUCACGCAAUAAAAACAAAAUAUAUUCAAACAUGGAUUUUUUUAUGGCAAUAGUUUUAACUAUAUGCCAUUUUCAUGUAAAAAAUACAUGGAUUUGUAAAAUGGAUGAAUGACAAAUUUAAUCAGUCAACCCUGUUUAAACAACAAAAAAAUUGUUGUCUAAGUCACCACUAGAUGACGUAAAAAAAUGUUUUUGCUUAAUUUCUCAAUUGAAUAACAGAUGGCGAUAAAUACAAUUUUUUUUGUAAAUAGCUUCCUCAUUAAUUCACAAAGAGCUACGUUUCUUUGAAGUAAUUACGGCUUUAAAAGUAUUAAUAUUAAUAAGUUUUUAAAUUGAUCUAAUUGUGAAAUGUAUUCUUGGCAAUGAAUUUAUGAAUGAAAAAAUCGAUUUGCAUUCGUUAUGUCGUCCAUUUGCUCCUAUUUUUCAUGCCUUAAUUGUACAUAAGUAUGUUUAAUAUUUUUAUGUUUUUUAAAGCAUAUAUUUUAUAACCAGCCUGCAAUUAAACAUUCCUAUUAUUUAUUCACAGCGCACAUUGUAAUUUUUAGAAAUAAAAAU